UCGUCGAGCUCUGUAUUCCGUCACUUUUCAAUAUUAUCCAUCUCCCACAGAAAUCCCCAAAUCGAAUCAUCUCCGAUCUACUAGGGUUUCCAAUAUCCUACUCGGCGACCGAUUGUGAAGAUUAUCAGCUCUCGAGGUUUAUUCCUAUCGAUCCGUAGCUUCGAUUCUGAUAAUCUCCAGCUCCCGCGAUGACGACUGCUGCAAGACCUACCUGGGCACCAGCCAAAGGUGGGAAUGAACAAGGAGGAACUCGAAUCUUCGGUCCAUCUCAAAAGUAUUCGUCUAGGGACAUCGCUGCUCAUACUACCCUCAAACCUAGAAAGGAAGGACAAGACACCCAAGAUGAGGUGCAAAGGAGAAAUCUCAGGGAAGAGCUAGAGGAUCGAGAGAGGAGGCAUUUCUCAUCAAAAGAGGAUAGAGAUCGCCGGAAGGGAAAUCAUCUCCUUUUAGAAGGGUCUAGGAGAGAAGUUGAGGACCGUAUUAUUCCACGAAGUAUAGAUGCAGAUGAUGCUGAUGUGAAUGCUCAGAGUGAUGAUGAUAGUGAUGAAGAUGACGACGAUGAUGAUGAGGAAGCACUUCUGCUUGAGCUUGAACGUCUAAGGAGAGAAAAAGCUGAGCAGAGAGAGCGAGAAGAACGCGAAAAACAAGAUGAGGAGUUGAAAGCUAAAGAAGAGCAACUUUUGCGUGGAAAUCCUCUACUAAACAAUCCAACUUCUUUUAGUGUAAAGAGGAGGUGGGAUGAUGAUGUGGUUUUCAAGAACCAAACUCGUGGUGAGACCAAGACUCCUAAGCGCUUCAUCAAUGACACCAUCAGGAGCGACUUCCACAGGAAAUUUCUCCAUAAAUACAUGAAAUAAUGACUUCGCUAUUUCACUGAUAGAACUCUGGCCUGAUGUUGAGAAUUGAGACCACCAAGUGAAACAGUUCUUUGGUCUAAGUAUUGAUGUGUUAUGUGGAUUGUAUGUGUUUCUAAACUCGUAAAGAUUGUAAGGAUUGUAUGUGUUUCACCCUGGAAUCCAGUCCUAAUAUACAGUUUUACCUGAUUCUGUUAUUAAAUAUUAAAGCUGCCUUGGAUUUA